AACAUAUAUGAGGGGUGCAUUUCAUGAAAGGUCCUGUCUGGCUUUUUAUCCAACGUAGUCCUGUUUCAUCCUACAAUUUCCAUGGUAACAGUGCUUCUCAGCCAAUCAAAAUGAAGGAAAGUUUUUAGAUCUGACAACUUAUCAGACAUAAAAUAAUGAUGAAACGCUUCCCAGGUCUGAACGAGAUCGGAGCCUGGGUUUAGCAGACUAGAUGCGAGACAGCGCCCACUUCCAUCCCAAAACACUCCCACUAAAUACACACUCGAAUUACACAGGAUUUGCAAUGGGAUUUUCAUGUGACGAGUCAAUAGGAUCAGCUGUGCGAUGAGUGCCUAUUUUUGGCACGCCGUAAACUAUAGCUGAUACAUAUCACGUACAUGUAGCAUACUUUGUGGAUCCAGGCUUACGAAACUACGAAUCAUUCCCGCGUUUCUCGCUUAAAUUUGUGUUAUAAAAUCACCUUUUCAUCAACAUGGAUGGUACGAAAACUGAUGGCAACAUGAACAAAAGGCCUCAUCCAGACGAAGCUGGUGGCGAUUUUGAUACCAAGCUGAAAAAAGCGUACCUUGGCAACAGUAACAGCUACAGGAAGGAAGAUGCUGAUUCCUGUACGUCCAUCAUGUUUGGACUCAAGGAGGAGGUUGGCGUCCUGGCCAAAACGCUCAAACUCUUUGAGGAGAGAGGGGUAAACCUCACCCACAUUGAGUCUCGGCCAUCCAAGAGAAUGCCGGGAAGCUAUGAGUUCUUGGUGACCAGUGAAGCACCACAGGCGGAACUUGAGGAAACCCUCGACAGCCUCAAGGAUAGGGUCACUUACCAUCAGAUUCUGUCCCGGUCUCAUGACACCAAGGAUUCAGUUCCAUGGUUUCCCAGGAAGAUCAAAGAUUUGGAUGAGUUUGCCAAUCAUAUCUUGAAUGCUGGAGGAGACUUGGAAUCGGAUCAUCCAGGCUUUACUGAUCCAGUGUACAGAGAACGCAGAAAGUAUUUCGCUGACAUUGCUUACAAGUACCGUUACGGCAACCCCAUUCCCCGAGUGACCUACACGGACGUUGAGAUCAAGACCUGGAACACCAUCUUCGCACAGCUGACGAACCUCUUCAAGACCCAUGCCUGCCAGGAGUUCAACUAUGUCUUCCCACUGCUCAUGGAGAACUGCGGCUAUCAACACAAUAAUAUCCCGCAGCUGGAAGAUGUCUCCAAUUUUCUCAAGGACUGUACGGGAUUCACCUUGCGCCCUGUAGCAGGUCUUCUGUCCUCCAGAGACUUCCUCGCUGGUCUGGCUUUCCGUGUUUUCCACAGCACCCAGUAUAUCAGGCAUCCUAGCAAGCCUAUGUACACCCCAGAACCAGAUGUCUGCCAUGAGCUUCUUGGACAUGUGCCUCUCUUUGCUGAUCCUAAGUUUGCCCAGUUCUCACAGGAGAUUGGCCUUCUGUCCCUCGGAGCUCCGGAUGAAUACAUUCAGAAACUUGCCACAUGUUAUUGGUUCACCGUUGAGUUCGGACUGUGCAGACAGAAUGGUCAAGUCAAAGCUUAUGGAGCGGGAUUACUCUCUUCAUUUGGAGAAUUGAAGUAUUGUUUGAGUGACGAGCCUGAGGUUCGACCUUUUGACCCCGAGAAGACCUCGGUCACCGAUUAUCCCGUUUGUAAGUUCCAGCCCAUAUACUACCUGGCGGAGAGUUUUGAAGAUGCGAAGGAAAAACUCAGAACCUGGGCGAAGAAGAUUGAACGGCCUUUCAGCGUUCGCUACAACGCCUACACCCAGUCUGUGGAGGUGCUUGAUCAGAAAGAAUCCCUCAAAGAUAUGAUCACCGGCAUUAAAGGUGAACUGAGCAUCCUGAAUGAGGCUUUGGACAAGAUCAAUUAGAGGAGGGGUGAGCAAGAUAUCCUUUUCAGAGGGACCAAAUUUUGUAUAUUCCUACAUCUAAUACAAGCACAAAUUGUAAUAUGACACAAAAUGUAUAUUUUGUUUUAUCUUAAAAAAAUUUGUAAUAAAUAGGUUUUUUUUCACAAGAACAACUUUUGCAUUCCCAUCAAGAUAUCCAUUGAUUUUAUGUUGUGAAAAGUUUAUGUUUGUCCUCAAUCAUUCCUUUUUUAUGUUUUGGCCUGAAAUAGUAAUGUAAUGCCUCGAUCAGUCAAUACGACUGGUGGAGGUUAGGUUUUAACAUUCAUUAUUUCAACAUUCAUUGGUUUUGUUACGAAAGAUAAUGCUAUCAGUGGUAUCAGGUGGAUGAGUAUGAUUCAUUUUUUUAGUAGAAUAACAAAUUAGGUAGUAAUGUUCAAAUGUCCUCAUAUUUAAUCUCGUUUCGAUUAAAUUUUUAUAUGUAUUUUGUUGAAGUGAGUGAGGUAAGAUUGUACAUUAAGUUCAUUCUAUACAACUUCCUUUUUUUACUAAUUCAGUUUAUAUUCAUAUAUUUUUUGAAAAAAACCCUGAUGAAAUUGGUUGAAUAGGCUGAAAUUCAAGUCUACAUGAAUAUAUACUGUCAUAAAAAUGGGAAUAUGGAGUAUUCAAAUGCUUAUUAUUGUAAAAAAAGGAAAAGAAAAAUGUAUGUUAUCAAAAUAAUCAUUAUACAGACUAUAUAUUUCCCCAUAUAUAUAUACUCUACAGUGUGCUUCAAUAUUACCUUUUUUGUUUUGUUUUGCCAUAUGUACAGUGUAUACAUAUUUCUCUAUCUCCUAUUUUGAAAAUUUUCUUUAAAAGAGUUUUGAAUCAAUUGUGAAACUUACAAAAUGCAAGUUAAUCGAGAAAUAUCUUGAGCUGUGCAUGCAUUUCAAAUUAUGUUGCAGUACAUUCUAUUGAGAUCUAUGUAGAAUAGUAAGAAUCGUGAAAUUAACUCUCACAGAAUCGAUGGAUUUACUUUCUCAAACCAGGAUUGGCGAAUUCUUAGGGAAUUUAGGUAUUUCCCCCCAGGGUGGGGGAUACUGGGAAAGAAACGUGUAGAGGUUGGGAAGUAUGUUAGAUGUACAGGGAAAUGCUGGAAUAUGCUUGAGAAACACCCAAGGCCGUAUUCUAAAAAAAAUUAAAGAAAAAUAAUUUUGUAUCUUCAGAGUCACAAUACAAUCCAUAUUAUGAAAAUUUAUGUAUCUUUUCUUGUAAAUUUUCACCUAACUUUCGCUGAGCGCGUAUGAUGUCAGAGUUAGAAUUAUGCGUAAAGUUAAAACGGCGCAAAAUAUCUCUGUGCGCAAGAUAACAUAUGGAGAUAAGAGGUAUUCUGAAAAUUCUCUUGUCUUUGCAUUCUGUUAACUUCCUUGCAAAACACAAGAAAAUUUACAAGAGGUACAUGUAGGGGGCUAUUGUAGCUUAAUGUUUGCAUGCAAUAUUUUGUCUGCAACAGUAAUUUCUUCCUGCAUCCCACAAGAAUAUCAUGCUUUUACAAAAGGAGACAUUCCAAGGACAUAACGACGGAUUGGUAGACUUUUCAGCAAUUAAAAUUGGCAUUUGAGAUGAUGAAUCUUUUCAAAGAAAAUAUGUCUUUGAGAACAGCCGUGUGUUUUUUUAGCACAGAAGCGCACAAGCAUAAGCGUCUGGGCGCAAGGAAAUUACGCAUCAUAUCAGUAAUGCGCACAAUUAUUUUUCAGAAGAGACGCUUAUAUUGAUUGGUUGAUGAUAAAAUAUUGGGCAUGAAAUAGGGGACGUCCUUACAGAGAUAAGACAAUUUUCAGAAUACCGAUUUGAGACAAUUUUGGCAAGCUGUUAUCUUGCUGAGUUACAAGAAUAUUAAAGGCAAUUUUCAGAAUACCAGAAUACUCUUGGUAAUACCUGAAAAUAUUCGUAAUAUUUCUCUGCAUUUUCAAGUCAUUCCCAUUUUCCUGAAAAACUACUGAGGCAGCAUUUGCCAGUAUUAAUCAACUGUAUUUCCCACUCCGACCAACCUUGACUAAAAUGUGAAUUGAGAAUAAACAUAUUUUAUGUCAUAUUGGCUUUUUUUUCCUGGAAGCUACACUUUUCCAUUAUGAAGUAAAAGUCAAAUUUCUAGCAACCACAGACAUCUGUUUCACAUUGGUAAGGUUAAUUUACACUUUACUAGAGUUUAAAAAGCAAGUUCAUGUGGUUUAUUUUGUGGUCUGAAAACAAAAACGAUUUGACUUUAUAUGGAAGUCUUCUAAUUCACACUCGACUGUAUUAAAGUAUGUAUAAUGUACCCGUCCAUUGUGAUUUUUUAGUCAUGGAAAAAUUGGUUCUGCAAAGUGAUGAAAAUAUGAAAGAUCUCAUGAUUAUUGUAUCCUCUUACUCCUAAAAGCAACGCAUUGAUAUGACUAGGGUAUUACAAAGUUUAGUUUUUAGACGGUAUUGUGUGUGGUUAUGUCAGGCUGAUAAUGUACAUGUAGUAUUGUAGUUUGCAGCUUAAUUUUAUUAUGGUGUGCAGCUGUUUAUGAUUAUUGGCAGCUAUAAAUCAUUAUUCAUUUAAGAGUUUUUAAUUCAUAGUAUCAUAUUUGUGUAUAAAGAUAUAGGAUAUACUGCAUGAGAAAAUAUUUUUUUGCCUAAAUGGAGAAUACAUUACUAAGGGUGUAUUUUGUUCAGUACAUGGAGAUGAAUAUACCCAAAUUCACUUUCAUAUGAAAACAAUAGUAAGGUGUACAUGUAUGAAAAAGGUUCACAUUUCAAUACGAACUUAAAGGACAAG